CCGGGCGGCGGCCACCCCCGUGGCCCGAGGCCCCGCCGCGCCGUGCCCGUCUACACCCUCAACGUGCGGGUGUUCUGGCCGCUGCUGACCGCCCUCUGCACCGCGCUGCUCUGCCUCUACCAGGCCCUGCGGGGCGGUGCGGCCGGAGAGGGCGCGGCGGAGGCGGGCUCCGUCCCGCUCCUCAAGGGCUCGGCGCUCCUGCUGCUGGGCUGCCUGCUGGCCCGCUGCUGCGGCGCGGCGGGCGGUGGCCCGAGGCCCGGCGGGGAGCGGGCGGCGGGGCCGGCGGGGGCGCGGCGAGGCGCCCUGGAGAGCUUCUACGCGCGGCAGCUGCGGCUCUCGCCCCAUGUGCUGGGGCACAGCAAGGCGCACGUCGGGCGCGUCGUGGCCGAGCUGGUGCGCGCCGCCAAGGCGCAGGGGCUGCAGCCCGGCCCGCUGGCCCUCAGCCUGCGCGGGGACUUCGUGCGCAUCGGCAGCGCCUACGAGCAGCACAAGGUGCGCAGCCCCGACUGCUUCGACAUCCUGGUGCCCCUGCGGCUGCCGCCGCACCUGGAGCCGCAGCCGCGCAGCGCCGAGGGGCUGGGGCCGUGCGGUGCCUUCGUCUGCGGCCUGCGGGCCAGGGCCGGCUGGCCGCGCCGUCACCGGCCCUUCGCCGAGGGCUUCUGUGUGGAGCUGCAGGGCCGCAGCCACCUCUCCUCGGGGCUAGUGCUGCGCUGGUUCCAGGGCCACAUGCAGCGCUGCCUGGGCGCCGUGCGGUACCGGCUGCAGGAGCGCUGCCGCAUCAGCCUCUCAGCCUGCCCCGGGCACCCGCCCACGCUGCACAUCCUGCCCUGCUCCGACUACGUCUGCUGCCACAUCUCCAUGGCCGUGCGCCUCAUCCCUGCCAUCCCUCUCGGCGACGCGCUCUACCUCACAGCCCUGCCACCCGAGGGCCCGCGGGCCCCCCCGGCCCCAGAGGCCCUCUGGGGCCUCAACACGUCGCGGCAGGAGCAGCGGCUGCUGAGCUGGCUGAAGGAGCAGGUGCCGGCCUCCUCUUGCCACCUCAAGUGCCUGCAGAUCCUCAAGGGCCUGCGGGACCUCCGCGGGCAGGGCCUGGAGGAGCCUUUCUGCUCCCAGUGGGGUAGGGUGCUCUCCUCCUAUGUGCUGAAGACAGCCCUCUUCUCGCUGCUGCUGCAGGGGCCCUUGGAGGCCUGGGAUGAGCGGUUCCUGGUGGAGCGGCUGGAGGACCUGGUGCUGUACCUCAGGGACUGCCUGCGCAAGCAGGUGCUGAUGCAUUUCUUCCUGAGCAAUGCCAGCCUCCCCGAGGCCGUGGCGCUACCCCGCUUCCUCAAGGAAGCCACCCCCGUGAACUUGCUGGCCGCCUUUGACGGGCCCACGCUGGACCUGGCUGCCUUCCAGCUCAUCAACACCUGGAUCCAGGCCCCGCACGUCAUCAGGAUGUACAGCAGCCCCCGGUACUUGCGACCAGUGCCCGCCCUGUGCCGGCAUGUUGCCGAAGCCAGGCGGGAGCCGCCGGGAGAGUGAGCCAGUGGCUGGGCGAGCCGGGGCAGCGCGUGCUCCCAGCCCGCUGGGCCGUCGGGAGCCUGUGUCUGCCCAAGGAAGGUGGGACCCGUUUAAAUGUGGUUCGGUGGCAUUUGUUGUCCCUGACCCGAGAAUACUGGGAAACCAGAGGCCAGGACUGAAAUGAAAUUGUGAUUUUUUUUGUUUGUUUGUUUGUUUCUUAAUCUCAUGUUCAUGAGAUUUCUUCAUUGUUCAUAGGAAAAUUGUGAAAUUUCUGGGGAAGCGCCUCAGUCGAGAAGUGUUAUGUUCAGCUGGCUGGCUGCAAACCCAAAUUUAACAGGCUCAGACUGACAUUCUAGAAAUCCAUGUUAACUUGUUGUCUUAGCAGCAAAAUUGACCCUUCUCUGAAAUCUGCUUUUUAUGAUACAAAAUUCAUUUGGGAUUUAAAAAAUCCUCUAAAUGCAAACAACACCCCCACCCUUCCCCCCAAAAUGUACCAAGAUGCUCUUAAAAUGUGAUAAGCUCUGGAGUAUGAGUGUGGGUCAGAGUUUGAAAUGCUCAACGACAUACUUUAAAUUGCCCAUGCAAUCAAACAUAUUAUGCUGAAUAGAAAUAUAGUGUGUGUGUUAAUGUCAAAUUGAGAGAAGAAGCAAAAUCUCUCCCAUAACAGUAUGAAGAAUCUAGUUGCACAUUUCCAUGUUCAAAUGAAGGUUAUACUGAAGGAUUGAAAUACAGAGAAAAGGAAACAAAUAGCACUUUAUUUUUACAAAGGCCUUCUUUUUAGGAUAAUUGGCUGCACUAAAUAUUGCUGUGGAGGAGGCAUUAGUAUUUUGUUAAAGGAAUUGCGUUUGAAUUAUCCCAAAGAAAACCUUUUAAGUAAAUACAUGGAGGUUCAUUUGUUUGUGGGUUCUUGUUGAGUUUUAUUAAUUUUUUCUGUCUUCAAGUAUUAUUUUCUUAGAACUUGCUUUACCUCAAGGACCAACAACAAAACAAAUUCUGUAUUAUUUUUUGGAACAAACCUUAAGCCAGUUCAAAUCUCAGUGCUGUAAACUGACUGCUGCACCUUCCUGCCCUCUGGUAGGAGUUUGGUGGGAUUUUUAGAUGACUGCCUAACCAGUUGUCUGUUCGUGGCAGUGUUUUGACCAAAUAACCUGAUGGGAUUUUCUCAUGCUGUGCUAUAGCAGAUCUUUAUCUUAUUGCGGGGAGGAGGAAGUGAAAUAUUUCAGGGUACUUCAAAAUUAUUUAGCACUGAUUCAUGGUACAGUGGCAGUCUUAGGCUAUGGAUUCUGGUGUCCUCUAAAUGUAAAUGUCAUCCAGAUAAUUUCCACUUCAUGCCUGGUUAUAUCCCAUAACUUUGCUCAAAUAACCUGGCGAGUUGUAAUGCAGCCAGCGCUGCAGGUGUCCUUAGCUCCCAGUGCAGGUACCUGGUGUGUGGGAACCUGACAUGUCCCAGGUUGUCAGCAAAUUCAGAAUUUCAAAUCUUUGCUUUAUUGGGUCACUGCUCAAGUAUUUGAUGUAUUAAGACCCAAAAUAUGUUGCUGAAUUGCUGGUGCUCAGGAAGGUGAGCGUGUGCCUUAUUACCCCACUGUACUGUGUUCUAAGUGGGCUGUCCAAAAUUAAUUAUAACUGAUGAAGUGUAACUUCUGGGAAGCUUUAGGAUAACUUGGAGUUACUAAUAUAUUCCUCCUCUCCCUGAUGUACAUAGAGAUACCGGUGUGCUUUAUUCACAUUUCUAUGCAUCAGAGCACAAAACAAACAUUUUCGAAACCUAUGAAGCUUUAUAAAAAUCUAUUUUUCUAAAUGGAAACACUCCCUAGGCAGAUGUUUGCCUACUUCUGUCUAUUUUUUUAACUGCUCUUGGAGUCUUAUUUUCAGGUAAUUGUAGCCUAGGUCACACCCGCAAGUUGGGUUAUUUUUACAUAUGAAGCACUGUGCUUCUUUCUACAAAUACAAAUAUUGUAUUUAUAGGUAGUCUGAUCAAAUGUUCUUUGCACAUGGUAUUUAAGGCUAAAUGAGCUACCUUAGUGUUUUGAUUUUUUUUUUUUUUUUGGUAGUAGACCAUGAUACAUACUAUUUUUGCAGUCUUGUGUUACUUGGUAUUUGAAAUAAGAUGCAGUUCUGCAAUCAAGGCAGUUAAAUCUUUUGCCCAAAGAAGGACUAGAUGAUCAGCCCAGGGUAUUGUGGCUGCCUGAACUCAUGACAUAAAAACCCUCUAGCUGUUAAUUCUGGCAUCAUAACCACUUCAGUAAGCUGCCGGUUCAUUUACAUCCCUGCAUCCCUGUGUCUGAAAAGCAAUCUUUUCACUGAAAGGGGAUGCACAUGUGGUGUGUAUUUAGUAUUGCUGCAAUACGUGGAAAUCUGUAAUAGACUUGGUAAGGGCUUUCUCACUAAAAUGCAGUAAUGCCAGGAGAGGACAGUUGCAUCAGGAAAUGCAUGACAAGGAGAGAUGGUGGAGAAUAUAAAUAGUUUAGAAAAUGAAAGUUGGGCUGAGAGUUGAGUGGGAAUGAUGGUAAACUCUCAGUGAAGACACACUGCAAACAAACCACAGGACAUGGGGAUAAAAUUGGGAGGAGAGCUAUUGAAAGCAAGGUGUAUUUGGAGUGUAGAGGUAAGAGACUGAAGUGGGUUUUGCUCUGACAAUAUUUUCAAAGUGGUUGAAUCCAUCAGGGCUGAACAGUGAGGCAAACCCUCAGUUGAUUAGUCAUGUAGGUAGAUCUUCAGUGUGACUUCUUCAGCAAGGCAUUUUGAGUGUUUGAUGGCUGGUGAUGGGGUAAUAUGUAUGCAUUUGCUCUAACCUGAGGCCUGGGCAAGCUUUCUUGAGAAGAGGGGGCUUCCUGCCAGUAAGGCAAUGUGCAUUGAGGUCUGAGAAAAUCUCAGACUAACUUGUGGCUCUGUUGUACAACUGAGAUAUUGAGUGUAUUUUCUUUAUCCGCUAUAAAGCGUGCAUUCAUGAAUACGAUUGACAAAAGGAGCUGAUAAAAGUUGGGUUCUGUAAUGGCAUUCAUCUUGUUCCACAACAAAUGUACCAGCACUGUUACCUGGGGCGUGCUGGAGUUAUAGGGCCUUACCUGCAAGAAGCUGUAUAGAGAACUUGACCUGCCUGAGUAAUCCCACGGGCCUUUUGCCUUUUCCCUCUUCUCCCAACCCCUGGAUGCUGUACACAGAACAGGGCUAUGAAUAGGUAUUUGUUAAGGUUGUAACUCUUAUAAUGUAUCAUAGAUUCAUCCUGGUUGCCUCUGUGUGUGUAAACUGAAACACAAACACAGAAGAAAGUGUUAUUUAGUACUAAUGUGGGUUCUUGGUUCUCUUUGUCUGCAACCUAGUUUUGCAGAGACUCUGUGCAAAUGAAGUUGUUUUUAUUGAAUACUGAUUGGGAAGAGGAGUCACACCUGCAAGAGAAUAAGUUUAUUUACAGUACCAAAACAUGUAUAUGUGACCUUGUUUUGUAUUGAAAAAUGCUAUGUAUUUCUCAAAGACAUCAUUAUUUCUUACCUGACUAAAUAUCUCGAAAACAUUCCUCUUUUGAUUUUGAAUCUCUGCAGAGUAAUGUAAAUUUUAAGUGUCUCUUUGUAAUGGACAUUCUUGGUACAACUAUUUUUUGCUGGUUAAUAAUCAGACCAAAGAUUAAACUAAAGUGUUCAGCUGCUAUUGUUUUUAAAAAAGAAAAGUGUUUGUAGGCUCAAAGUGUCAGCCCAUUUUAAUUAAAAGUUUAUAAAUUCAUUUCCUAUUUAAUAUCUAAAUACAUUUGCACUUUUGUUUCCAUAAAAAGUUGUUGGUUUUGUUUUAAUAUUUCACUGUAGUAAUAAACAGCUGUUUG